AUAGGCGUUGGGGGGUCUGUGAAGGCAGUCACAGCCUCUGAGAGGCGCCUUAAGCCACUUGGGGUUCAGCCUGGUGACAGGGAGUGGGUGACGUUGAUUGCCGCCAUCAACGCCACAGGGUGGGUUAUCCCACCCUUCAUCAUCUUCAAAGCUAAGAACCACGACCAGGCCUGGUAUCAUAACCCUCAGGAUUGGAGAAUAGGGGUUAAGAAAGUAGGUGGUUACAGACUACUGAUUCUUGAUGGCCACGAGAGCCACAAGUCACUCGCCUUCCAGGAUCUUUGUGAGGAGAACAAUAUCAUCACCCUCUGUAUGCCCCCUCACACCUCACACAUCCUUCAGCCGCUUGAUGUGGGUUGCUUUGCCCCCCUAAAGCGUGCGUACAAGGAGGAGAUCCGAGUCUUGGCAAACUGCUAUAUCAACUACAUUGACAAGAAAGCCUUCCUAGCUGCACUUACCCUAGUAUUUGACCAGGCCUUCUCAAAGGACAAUAUCCUAUCAAGCUUCAGAGCAACUAGCUUAGUUCCAGAUAACCCAGAGGUGGUGCUAUCAAGGCUUGAAGUGAAGCCUCGUACACUAACACUACCUUUACCUAGGAGUACCCCUUGGCAGCCU